GGAUAUCACAAACAUGAGAAAUGAAACUGAAACUGCCCGAUCAGAUUGCCAGGUUCGUUAAUCCGUACCCAUUUAUAUGCGCGUCUAAUAUGCAUUUUAAUUCUGGUGUCUGUGAAACUAAGUAAUAACCGUAGUAUUGAACCUGGCUACUUUCUCAAUUACCUCGAGGGAAAAUAUACCGUAAACACAAUAACCACAAAUAGCUUCGCUCAGAGAGCUUAAGGAGUUCGGGGGAUUUUACACAUGCAACCUGGCAACCGCCAAGCAAAGGGCGGUGAAACCAACAGUACGAAGUUCCCCAUCUGCGCUGCAGCCUCGCUUGAACAUUAUGUACUUCAUCUUGCACAAAAAGAAAGAAAUGGACAACAGAAGCAAAGUGGAGUGUGUACUUUGUCAGAAGUGCGAAGAGACGAAAGUAACCGGGGCUUUAUCGACCAAAGACGAAGUCACGGCUCACCAGAACUGUCUGUUAUUUUCCUCGGGCCUCGUCUGCAGUUCUUCUCCGCAGUUCGACGAUCUGUUCGGUUUCUCUGUGGGCGACGUGCUGGCGGAGGUGAAACGAGGCAGCAAACUGAUGUGUUCCAGAUGUCAGCUGAGGGGGGCCACUGCUGGGUGUGAGGUCAGACGCUGCAAGAAGUCCUACCACUACCCGUGUGCUGUGCAACACAAAGCCAACGUUGUGGAAGAUGCAGACAAGGGGAAAUAUGUGCUGUACUGCUCCAAACACAGUGAACCAACUCAAAAUAACAAAAGCUCUGUGAACGGACGUCCCUCCUCCGUCACCGGGUCACAAACCGUGAUUAAAACCAUUAAUCAGAGCGAGGCGGGACCAUCUAAGGUUGGAUUGAUGGGAAUAUCUACUGUAACUGUGAGGCCUUCAAACUCCAAGAGACGGUUGAGUUUCCCAGACAAACAGGAGGGGAUUCCGUCCAAACGUACGCCGAAGGUCUUAACGGAUGAUUCUUCAAAUUCAGAUGAGCCCGAUAAGGACAUGGCGUCAUUUGGCCCCAUAGAGACGGACUCAUUCGAGGCCGAGUUGAUCGGAAAUGGCGACGAGAGUCCCGAUGCUUCCACUUCAGGCCCCCCCGCGGUGAACAGGACCAUGGCUGGGCCCAAAGAUGACGAGGACACGAUCCUCCUUUCAGACGCUGAGUCGGAGAGUCUGCUGCUUCCUGCUUCGCCCUCGAGUCGCUCCGUGCCGACUCUGUACCCCAGCGUGAUUUUGUUAGGCAGCGAGGAGGAGCCGGCGCGGCUAUCAAGCGAAGGGUCCAGUCCCGAUCUGAGCUCCGCUGGGCGCCCCUCCCCUCCUCGCCGCGUUGCCGUUGACGCGACGCCACCCGACACCGCCGGUCUCCCCCUCGCGUCCUGCGCCUCCCCUGCUUUGGCGCCUCCCUCUUCCCCAAAGCCCGGCUUAAACUCCGCCAGCUUCUGGAAAAGCUGCAACGCGGCGGGAUGCACGCAGGGCCUCUUCACGGGUUUCCUUAACGACAUGAACGACAUCUGCAGCAGAAUUCAGUCGGACCGAGCCAGCGGGGAGGAUUACGACCACGCACUAACAGUGAUGACUGUUGACGGGAAGCUGGCAGAGCUCGUGGCCAAGCAGCAGGAAGAGUUACAACGGAAACAAACAGAAUUACAGAAGGCAACAACUGCUAUGAAGGAGGUCGUCUCAGCACUGAAGAUGGGAGUCGGUAUUUAGUCUUCUGUCAAAUUUACUCAAACAGAAAGACGUGUAUGUGGAAAUCUCAAUGUGUUGUUCCUCAAACUGGGUAAAUACAGGAACAGCCCAGCUUCUAUAACGGCAAAUAAACUUAAAGAGCGUCUUAUUUCUCCGCUGAGGAGCAGGAGAUGAUCAUGAGAUCAAAUGUAUUAUACAUAUUUUAUGCUGUCCGUCCUCACUAAAGGUUUCUUCCCAUCAAAUACGUUUUCAUUGUUUGGGGAGUUUUUCCUGUGCCGAUGUGAGGGUUGUCACAUGUGUACAGACCUCUGAGGCAAAUUUUCAAUAUUAAAUGAAUCAUAUAAUCAUGGCAACAGCUGACACCGUCCCACUGCGAGGCUACAAGCCCGACUAAGUUAACAAUAAAUGUAGCGUUGUUACUCUAAAUGUGUCUGCUGGCAGGAGGCUUCAUGAAUGAUGAUCUCAACUCGUAUGUAAAUAAAAAAACAAGCCCAAGAAUAUGAUACAUGUAGGUGACCAUAUAGAACUAGGUUUUAUUAUGUGUGUGAAUGUGUAUGGGAGAAUCAUUAUCCAUUGAAGUUUAUUAAGCGACAAAUAAACCAACUUUACGAAGAGCACGACAUGCUGCUGCUUCCCAGAUGUUCUCUGCAUCGCCACACCAUACAGACAGUGGAUGCUCGGCUGCAGCGUGUGGUGUUCAUCAUUUAACGGGGAAAUCUUGUUAAAUGAUUCCUCAGCGUCUUUGUGGUCUCCCUAUAAAACGUUUAACUGAUGUCGCUUCAAUGAA